AUGGAAUUCUCUCCAGAUUCCCGGCCAAGCCACGGGCUUGAUCAGCAGGACGACCCCGUUCAUACUGCCGAGCUGCAGCGUGGCUACGCCGAUCUCCCGCGUUUCCUAUUGAUUCUCCGCGUCAUGACCCGCAUCAAACCAGGGGUCUUCUCGUGGGAGGAUGUCCUCGCCCAACGAUACCAGAAUCACAAGCCGGCUCCGCUCCCCCGCGCCCAUCGCCGAGCCCUCCCCGCGUCCCCGCAGCCGCAGCCCCAAUGCAGGCUGCUCGCCUGCCUCUCCCCCGAGGUCCGCCUCAUCGUAUGGGAAAUGGUCCUGGGCGGUCUCCGUCUGCAUAUCAUUCAGUGCAAUGGUCCGCGUCUCGGACAUAUCGUGUGUCCGCGCAAUACGGACGAUACGCUCAAUUGCAAGCCGUCCACAGGAUCGCUCUGCGAGAUAUGCCACGGCGCGGGGAUCCCACAGCCGGUUAAAAGGGGCGAUGCCGUGACGAUGCGCCGCCAGCAAACAGGACGAAUGCUACUCGGGCUGGCACUGUCCUGUCGACAAAUAUACACCGAGUCCAUCCACCUUCUCUACGCCCUACCCAUCUUCGAAUUCAGCAACCCCUGGUCCUUAUCCUACCUGCGACCCACGCUUCCACCCGGACAUUGGGACUCCCUGCACGCCAUCGAGCUGCGAUGGUCUUUCUCAGGCCACUGGCUGCCUACCAAGGACCCCGUCCGCGCGGUCUACGUCUCUGCCGGCCGUGCGCAGUGGCUCGACACCUGCCGCGCACUGAAACGGCUGCCAGCGCUGCGCUCUUUCGUUCUCGUCCUGGCGAGUAGCUGGUUCCGCGAGCCGAUCGAGAAGCUGCCAGUGUUCCUGGAGCCGUUGCGGGGGUUGCGAGUGCGACCGCGCCGGGGUGGAUGGGCGUCGGCGCGAGGUGGUUUGUGUAGUUCGGAUGAGGAGUCUUGUUCGGCGUCAAGCGAAAGUGAUGGGUCGAAUGGACGUCGGUGUUCUGAGGACGGGUGGUCUUGUUUCUGUGCUGAAUCUGCGCUGACCGAUCCGCCGCCUACUUUCUGGGAGCUGCGGUUACAGGGCCAGUUGUACUACGCGCAGGAGCUGGGGCAGGUGGGCGAGGAUCUCCGGCGGAGAGGAAUCAAUUGCUUCAUCACGACGUGA